AUGAUUUUUGGUGUGUUUUUUCUUAUUAUUAUUAUUGAGUCGUUGGGUUGAUUUUAUUCAACACAACCAGUUUUAAAACUAGUAUGUAGUUUGAUAGCUGAUUCUUUUAACUUUUAGAUUUGUUUUUAAUUUAAUGGAUUCAUUAUUGUGAAAAUUAGAGUUCAUUGAAAAGCCCAUUUUUGUUGGCUUUUCCUUAACUUGCUUUGGCUUGUAAUUUCACCUAAUUAAUGUCACUCUAGAAGAUAAUAGUAUUGGUUUCAUUUGUUGAAGUAGAUCAAUGUGUUUAUACUAAACUAGUUGGUAAUGAGUGCGUAAUUAUAUGUUUAUAUGUAGAUGAUAUGCUCAUAUUUGGAACUAGUCUUGACAUGGUACAUAAAACAAAAGGUUUUCUUGCUACUAAUUUCAUAUCCUUUAUAUUUGUUGUAUCUAAUUACAAUUGACACUUGAUGAAACCACCUAUAUAUGUGUGGAAUGUGGUUGUUCUUAUGAGUGUACAUCUAGAGCAAUAAUGAAUUGCCAAGCACGUUCAUGACUUAUUAGCACAAAAUCGUGUUCAUUGACAGAAUUGACAUUCAUAGUCUAUUUCAUUAAUAUAGUGGGAGGACUACCUAUAUUGGAGCUCAUAAAAAGUGAAGUGUGUGGACAAUCAGGGGUGUGCAAAAUUUAAUUUAAAUUGUAAAACUAGAUCGAAUCGUUAAAAAAUUAUUAUUUGGAUAGGUUUAGUUUAUAAAACAGUUUGAUUUUGGUUGAUAAAUUUUGGAAAUGUGGUUUACAAUUUGGGUUGCGAGAUAUCUUGCUCUCCACUGCUAUCAUAGAUUUGCUAGGUGAAAACAGAAGGUUUGGUUAUCAACAGAAAAAUUCCUCUCCUGAAAUAGAUCAUAAUGAACCCGCUGAGGCAUUUCUAGCUACACAAAAAUCUUCUGCCAAUAAACACUCUACUCAAACCUUAAACACCUACCAUCCAAGCAAAGAAAUAAACACCCCAAUUCCUCAACAAAAUAGAGCAUAUAUAGCCAACCCUUCAUCAGUCAACGAUCCGAAUUGUUACAUGGAUUCAGGGGCUAAUGACCAUGUAAUCUCUGACUUGCAACAGCUGUCUGUACAAACGAAUAUACAGGGAAACAAAAGCUGCAAGUUGGAAGUGGGGAAUGCUUGCCUAUCUCACAUACAGGAUAAGGAGUCAAGAGCUGUUCUUCUGCAUGGAAUCCUUAAAAAUGGUCUAUAUCAGUUACACUCCAUUGCUCCUUGUUCUUUUUCAUAUCUUACCGAAAAUAAAGAGCUUACCUUAGCUGGUUCUGCUGGUGGUGAAUUUUGCAAGACUUCUUCUAAGUGUACUGCUUCACAAUCUGUACUGUCCAGUAACAAAAUAAAAAAUGUUGCAAAACCGCACUGUUAUGACUAAUAGUGAGUCUAGAAAUAAGGAUUGUUAUGUUGAAGAAAAUGUAUUACAGGAAAAUUCUGUUCUGCUCGCUAAUAAAGUAGAUGUUGCAACUUUACAUAUACG